UAGAGAAGUGGAGGAACUGCAGCAUCAAUAUACAGUUGCUGAACUAAUGACAGACCAGCAGAGCUAGAGUGUGACCAAAUCCCUAAGAUGAACGCAAAGCUGUGGGUGCAGUCGCCACGUCUGCUCAACCGCAAAAUCAACUUUCUGAGGUAUAACAAGCGGGUGGCGGAGGGGCAGUGGGCUGUGGUGGACGUGUCUGUCGACGGCAUCCUUGGACCGCCAGCAGGUAGCCGCACCACUGAUGCCGCUGCCGUUGCAAACAACACAACAGGCUGCAGGCUGCUGCUGUCCGGCUGCCUCAUUGAGGACAUGGGCAAGGGAAAUGGCUACUGCAAGAUCACAAGGGUUGUCCAUGCGGAGUAUGACGAGACCAUGGUGCCAACAUUGUUCAGGCCACUGGUCCGCUCCGGUAAUGCUUUCGGCGCGCAACGCUGGCUCGCGUCGCUGCAAAGGCAGUACGAGUACCUCGCUGUUCUGCACUCCAGCCAGGUCCCAAGAGGCGACAACGACAACAACACAGGGACGCGUGAGGUGUUUCGUUUGGGUCCAAGAUCACAAGACUAAUGUGACAAACUUGUGUGUGCUGCACACUCUACUUCUUGCAAAUGGAAACAGUUGUUCUUGCUUUUAGAACUAGAGAAGUGGAGGAACUGCAGCAUCAAUAUACAGUUGCUGAACUAAUGACAGACCAUCAGAGCUAGAGUGUGACCAAAUCCCUAAGGUAAUCUUUUUCAAUAAUAGGUAGAUUUCUGCAUUUCCUCAUUGAUUGCCAUGUAGUAUGCAUCUCUACCUAGUAGUGUACCAUUUUUUAAUGGGUGAAAGCAAAGAGCAUGGUUUAUCGUACAUAUCUAUUCAUACACUGUACAUAGUUCUUCAA